CGCUCGAGCGCGCGGCGCGUUGUGUGAGCGGUUCUCGUGCGUUCGCGUUCGUGCAGGAUUUGUUUAUCUGCAAUGCUGCACUUUAAUGCACGAUCGUUUUUAUAAGGAGAGUUUGCAUCACGGUUGAUUUGACAUUUUUUUUUAUGUGCAUGCAUGCAUGUCCGGAGGCGGAUCGUGCACUUUAGAAUCAACUAUAAACUCAGAGUUGGACUCAGGUGGAGAUAAAUCACCAGAGGAUAUAAUGCCUCAGACGGCACCUUUUCAAGGGAUGUUCGGCUCCAGCGACUACAACAAAAAUCUCUACCAGACAAAAGAGGAGGACUAUAGCGGCCUGUAUUACCAUGACAACAACCUGGUGUCGGGGUCUUUGGAGGCCCUCAUCGAGCACUUGGUCCCUACUGUCGCCUACUAUCCUGAUAGGACAUACAUCUUCACGUUCUUGCUCAGUUCACGUCUCUUCGUCCAUCCGUACGAGCUCAUGUCCAAGGUCUGCCACUUGUGCACGGACCAUCAGAAACUGAGUGACCCUCCAGCUGACAAGGCACGGAUGAGAAAAAUUGCCCCCAAGAUCUUACAGCUGUUGACCGAGUGGACGGAGACGUUUCCGCACGAUUUCCGGGACGAGAGGAUGAUGAGGAGCCUGAAGGAGCUCACGCAUCGGCUCAGCCCCGUGGACGAAGUCUAUCGGAAAGCGGCACAGCAGACGACGCAAGCCCUGAUCCGGAAACUCGCCGCGCUAAGCCAGUACGAAGAAACCCUGGCCAAAAUUAACUCCACCGCGACGGACAGGUUGACGGUUUUGAAAACCAAGCCUCAGUCCAUCCAGAGAGACAUCCUGACCAUUUGUAGUGACCCCUUUACCCUGGCUCAGCAGUUAACACACAUCGAACUGGAGCGAUUGAGUUACAUAGGACCUGAAGAAUUUGUCCAGGCGUUUGUUCAGAAAGACCCACUCAACAACAAGAAGAGCAGCUUCAGUGCUCACAAGAAAGCCGGCAACCUGGAGGCCUACGUGGAGUGGUUCAACCGGCUCAGCUACCUGGUGGCUACCGAGAUCUGCAUGCCGGUAAAGAAAAAGCACAGAGCGCGGGUCAUCGAGUUCUUCAUCGAUGUGGCGCGAGAAUGCUUCAAUAUCGGAAACUUCAACUCCCUCAUGGCGAUUAUCUCUGGCAUGAACAUGAGUCCAGUGUCGCGACUGAAGAAGACCUGGGGCAAAGUCAAAACGGCCAAGUUUGACAUACUGGAGCACCAGAUGGAUCCUUCCAGUAACUUCUACAACUACAGGACCGCUCUGCGAGGAGCCACCCAAAGAUCCAUCACUGCACAUACCAGCAGAGAGAAGAUCGUUAUUCCGUUCUUCAGUCUCCUCAUUAAGGACAUUUUCUUCCUGAACGAAGGAUGUUCCAACCGCUUCCCCAACGGACACGUCAAUUUUCAGAAAUUCUGGGAGCUGGCCAAGCAGGUGAGCGAGUUCAUGACCUGGAAGAAGGUGGAGUGUCCGUUCGAGAAGGACCGCAAGAUUCUGCAGUACCUGCUCACCGCUCCCAUUUUCAGCGAAGACGCUCUGUAUCUGGCGUCGUACGAAAGCGAGGGACCGGAGAACAACAUGGAGAAGGACGGAUGGAAAUCUCUCAGGUCUUCCUUGCUAAAUCGGACGUAAUUCCACUAAUUCCACUGAGAACCUGAAUCGUGAAGUAAAGCUUCUGCCAAGCAAGAUGUUUCCCCCGUUUUGUUCCCUCAAAAAGUGAGAAGUAUCCCCGUUUUCAAGGGAAACGACAAUCUCUACUUUGGAUGUGAUUGAAUUUUGCGUCUGAAGAGGCAACACCAAACCCUUCAUACUGAAGAUAUCAAUGGAUUUUUUACCUCUGAAUAAAGACUUCGCUGUAAUUCCUUGUUUUUCCAUUUUGAAACACGAGAUUAUUUGUGUUGUUUAUGUCUGUGUGGCUAAAAUGUUACAUUAUGGACCAUCCUGGACCAUUCUGAUCCUGAUUGUUUUCUUUUCUCCAUGGACAAUGCGAGUUAGCUGCUGGCUGGCUAACUCUGGGAGCGUGUUAAAAAAGACUUAAAUUGCAACCAGCAUUGUGUAUAAUAAUAAUAAUGUAAACGUUAAUUUAAAUAGAGAUUUAUUUUAUCCUUGUUUGAAUUUGUUUUGGUGUUUUUUGUUCAUAAUGACUUUAUACAUUUGAGAUGUUUGUGUUUGUUGUGAGGCGGCGUCAACUAGAGCGGCUAGUCACGGUUUGCUAAAUGCACUGGGUGCGUCUGAGGGUGCAUUUGAGAAUAAAAGAAUGAAGGAAAAGAUAAAACAUUAUAAUUUUAUCCAUUCUUUUUUUAUCAGUGUUAUUAAUAGAAGUAAUAUUUAUCAUAAUACAAAUUUAUAGUAUUUUAUUAACGAACUGGGGAACUCAUUACGAUCUUGUGUUGCCCCCUGGUGGCCAAGUACAGCUAAUUCCAUGCUACAAUACUGUAUUUGCAUACGUUUAUCUAUAGAUGCUCAUUAUUAUUAUAAUUAUUAUUAUUAUUAUUAAUUAGGAUAGCUUAUUUAGGUUCCCCUGAAAAUGUGUUGUGAUGUUUUUUUAAAUAUUUGCUAAUGUUUACAAAUUGUUAAAUUUUGUACUACGUACAUAACCCGUUUUGAAGCUACAGAUAUUUUCCUAAUAUUUUAUAUUUAUUAAACUUUAUAUGAAGCAGAGUAAAUUUAAGGGCACCACCACGCAGUAUAAAGUUAAUGAAGAACACGAUCGCGAGCGAUGUCUAGUUUACCCGUUUAUUUUUUCGCUUAUUGAAACUUUUCCACUGAAUCCUGUUGUGCUUUAUGUACUUAUGAAGUGUUUUUUUCUUUGUAAACGUUGAUAUGUAUUUUCACUGAGAUAGUUGUAUAGAUAAAAAUACAUUUAAAUAAAUGAACCCUUAUGUAAACAUG